ACCGUUCAAUCGAACGAUAAGGCUAACGGACAGGGUGUUAACGGAUCGAACCAGGGUGCUGGUUCGGGCAGCUGUUCCGAUGGACCACAGUACAAGUACAGCUUCAAGCAGGAUCGAUCGGGACAAGAGCUUAGCAUCGAACCGGCCGCAAUGGCUGCUAAAUCGGCCAAAUCAACCAGCACACCGCUGGGAUCACCUUCCGAGGCUCACUCGCAGUCUGCCUCGCUCAGUCUGUUUCCGUUCGGUGGCCGGCAGGGUACUGAUCCGGAUCUGACCAUCAAGGAGGUAUCGGUAUGCCCGACGAGCGGUACACUGUCGAUCACUUCCAGUCCCUGCACACCAUCGCGGACGAGCUCGUUGCGUAAUGUGCGUAUGAAGAAUGAUCGUAAGGCAUCCUCGAGUGCCGGUGGCCCUGGCACUGGUGCCGGUGGUUUGAUGAUGGAUGGAACGUAUCUGAACGUCGGCAGUGGCGGACAGAAGACGGGUCCGUACGAGAAGGAAAACAUUCCGCUGCUUGGUACCGGAUCGGCGAGUCUGUUCGGUGGUCAAAGCCUUACCACGAUUACGCCGAUACCGGGUAAUCUUAUGAUGCCUGGUAGCUACUUGGGUGGAUCACGAUCCGGAUACGAGGAUUCGGUGUCGAAGCACGGGUUCGGAUCGGCAUCCUCUGGUUCUUCCUCGUCGAUGAAUGCUGCUGCACCCGGGUCGAUGGCGGCUAAUGCUACGGAAGUGAUCGAUCUAGUUGAUAGCGACAACGAAAGUGAUCAAUCUCCGACAGCCUCCUCGGCAGCCGCUGGUCGGAAACAGGCCGGUCAAGCGAUGCGUCCCAUCCCUUCGCUGUUGCCACCGAUGAAGAAGCGCAAGCUGGAUAUCUUGCGUGAGGGAGGCCUCGAGGUGACACCCAUUUCGAAUGGUUCCAGUAUCUUCUCGGCGAUCAGCAAGAACGCUCAACAGGGGGCGUCCCGUGGUGCACCGAAUCCGAUGCGGAUAAACAUCACGGCCGAACUGAACAGCGCUCCAGCACCAUUACAGCCACCAUCAUUGUCUGGUGGUGGUGGCGGCCAAGGACUAUCGUCCGGUGCCGGUGGAAGGCGUGAGGCUCGCAAAUGCAUUCCAACACCGAUCGAGUUCCAGACGCACUGUAUGUAUACGCGCACGGGCAAAAUCUUUGGUGAUCCGAAGGAACUGAUGCCACCGAGACCGGUACCUGCUCCCGUACCGGAGCUACUCGAUCUGACCGGUCUGAAGGGGCCAGGUGGGCCCCAGUUUAUCGGUGGUGGUCUUGACUUCUCCGGAACUGGUUCACGGCAACAGCAUCAACCGCAGCACCACCAGCAACAGCAACAGCAGCAGCAACAACAGCCACUUAAUCGUGGGUCUUCUACCUCCCGGACGGCUUCUAGUUUGCAGAUUACUCUUGUGCCAGGUCCAACCAAUCCGGGACUACCACAGGGUGCACCACUUCCACCACCUCCGAUGAUGACUCCACUCAAUAUUCCAGUUCCGGUGCCAAGCCAUCAACAGCACCACCAACAGCCAUCGGCCGGAGGUCUAAUGCAUCCCGGCCCCCUCCAGUCCUCCAGCUCCUUCGGCGGCCAUAAGAAGCAAAACAAACCGUACGAACUUGUGCCAUUGCGGGGCGAUGGGAUACCGACGCCCGGACUGGGCAACCCAUCCGUUAACUAUCCGGUAAAGGCACCGAGCCCGAAAGUGACGAUCGGUCCUUCGUCCUCUUCUUCGUCUUCAUCCUCUUCCACGAACGGCGGUACAGCUACACUACCACCCGGUGCGGCACCCUCACCGAACUCGCUACUCGAAACCGGUCUCAUGCUGGCGAACCUCCAGAAAGCCAAUCCCGUCCUCGUGGCCAGUAUCCUGUCCUCCUCGGGACUUUCGAAAUCUUCCAUUCCCGGUUUGACGCAACUGUUGGGAACGCUAGCGGAUCAACCGCCGCUUGCUGCGCCCAAGAAAUCCCAGCGUAGACGCUCCAACUCGCAGCAAGCACAGGCUGCUACGAAUAAUGUCACACCGACAGCACCGGGCUGUGGAGCUGUCAACUCACCAACAUCAUCGGCAGUUGCUGGGCAACUGUCACCGUUCUCCAUUCCAGCGCCACCGACGAUUGGGCCACCGACGGUACCACUUUUGCCGCCGAGUGUAGGCUCUCCGCAGCUCCUCCAUCCACCGCCGGCCGAUUCACCCACCUCCGCGAACCAUCCGCUCAGCCAGCAGAUCAAACUGCUCCAGCAGGUGCAGUUGCAGCAGAAGCAAAAGGAAUUGUUGGCACAGUUUGGUCCGUUUCCACCUCCACCACCACUACCAACGCAGCAAUCGUUGCAGCAACAGCAGCAGCAGCAGCUGCAUCUACCAUCCGGACCAUCACCUGGUGGCCAUGUUUCACCUGCCUCACCGUCCCUGCCGACCGGUGCCGGCCCCGGAUCCCCAUUGACCGGUACCCCACCACUGACGCAUCCCUCGCCACCAUCGUUGCCGCCACUGCCACCGGGGGUUCAGUUACCACGGUUGCCACCGGUCGGCGUACCACCAACGGUUGGUUCAUCGGCGGCGGCAGCUGCCGCUGCAGGGGCCGUCCUAGCAGGAUUGCCACCUGGACUUGCCGCUAGCGGCUUUCCACCUCCGUUCGAUCCCCUUUACCUGCAGCUGUAUGCCAAUCCGGGACUCUAUCUGCAAAGCCUGCCACCAGAGCAGCUGCUCCAGCUGUACAAAAACUUUCCCCAAAGCAUUCCAAUCACCAAGAGCUAGUCGUCCUCGUCGUCACCACCACCGCUUUCCGGUGCUACGAUCGAACGAUGAAAGAAGCUACUAGCUCGUAUGGCCGGUGUUGUUUUACUCGUGUGUUGGUGUGGUACGGUGUCCUCAAUCGUCGGUGUUGGGUACGAUAUAACGGUAUCGCGGCUCCUCCUAACCAGCACCGUUUGUGUUCCUUAGGAAAAACGUAAGCUGAUAAGUGCAGGCAGAACGAGAGCAGAGCAGCAGAAAGGAUCUGUGUCAUCUCUCAUUUGUGGAUACAUAUUAGCAUUCGGAUGUCUGCCGUAUCCUGGAGUAGUUUCAUUUAUUAAGUUUUCUUUAAUUAAGGUAAUGUUAGGGCGCAAAAGAGGAUCUACCAUGCUAGGAAAGCAAGCACUAGAGAAGGAAACCAAGGAUGAAGGGCAAAAUGGGAAUUUACUCUGUAAUAAUAAUGUAAUGCAAUUGAGCGGUAGCCAGUAGAGUAUUCUAGCAAUAAUGAAAUCCAAUCCAAGAGCGAUACACAAACGGUGUAUGUGUGUGUGUGUGUGUUGGCAAACAGGCAAACAUGUGGCGCAUUUCAUGUUACCGCAGCAUAAAUCAUAAGAUAGAUGAAAAAAUCAAACGAAAAAAAAAGAAUUAAUUUGGAAAAUAACUGUGAAAAAAUGAAGAAGGGGUCGGACAUUGCUUAAGCCCCAGACACACCAUCAGAAAUUACAUAAACACACACACACACCCACACAAAUAUAUAUUGGAUAUUAUUCACAACAGACAAUGAAACUGGUUAACACAACACGGAAAGUAACUGAAAAACAGGAGACAGAUGACGGAUGAGAAGAAUAAUACGCAAUGCCACCUUUGAUGGUGCCAUUACACGCUAGGGGCGAACACAGUAUACAGAGCACACGACAACCGUGUGUUGUGCGCCGGUCAGGAAACAGUCGUCUAUUUGUCAUAUUGCACGAAUGGAUAAUACCGAAACCACUCGCCGACCCCCUGGUUACUAGACUGGGAGGGAUAGGGCGGCUGGUCUAACAAUAAAUGAAAAACUAUGGAUUUCAACCAUUUUGAAUACGUGGAAACUCUGAAGGGAGAAAACAUUAAACUAUCGACCAUCACCAGAUAUCGAACGGAAGCAUGAUCUUGCUGACAGGAUCAAAAUAGUCAAAGUGUGUGUCGCUAUAAAAGAAGAAGAGCGAGAGAGAAAGAAAAAAAGAAAGAGGGCUGUACUCAGUCUCAAACACCACAAACUCGUGAAAACAGUACCGCGUAAUAAACGUAACGAGCGUAAAUCAAUUAAA